GGCGGCGGCGGGACGCUCCAGGUGCGGAGAGGCGCCUGCGAGCUGGGACUUCCCGAGGGGAGCUCGUUCGUCCCUUCCCCCAUCCCGGCCAGGUGCCCGCCGGGCCCGGGGUCUGCGGACAAGGUGCUGACUGCGGCCCGGGGCCUCCGCUCCCUGCCUUGACCGGCGCCCGCCAUGGCCCAGCAGAGGGCCCUGCCGCAGAGCAAGGAGACGCUGCUUCAGUCCUACAACAAGCGGCUCAAGGACGACAUCAAGUCCAUCAUGGACAACUUCACGGAGAUCAUCAAGACCGCCAAGAUUGAGGAUGAGACGCAGGUGUCCAGGGCCACUCAGGGCGAGCAGGACAAUUACGAGAUGCACGUGCGAGCCGCCAACAUCGUCCGCGCCGGCGAGUCCCUGAUGAAGCUCGUGUCCGACCUCAAGCAGUUCCUCAUCCUGAACGACUUCCCCUCGGUGAACGAGGCCAUCGACCAGCGCGACCAGCAGCUGCGCACCCUGCAGGACGAGUGUGACCGGAAGCUCGUCACCCUGCGGGACGAGGUCGCCAUCGACCUGUACGAGCUGGAGGAGGAGUAUUACUCGUCCAGCUCGAGUCUUUGCGAAGCUCACGAUCUGCCUCUGUGCGAAGCUUACUGGAGGCCGGACCACAACACGGACCCCACGGACGGCCUCUCGGCCCCUCUGCUGGCGUCCCCGGAGCCCGGCGCGGGGCCCCUGCAGGCCACCGCCGCGGCCCACUCCCACGCCGGCGGCCCCGGGCCCUCAGAGCACACCUGAGCUGCUGCCCCGGGC